AUGGGCCUGGCGCUCGACGAGGCGCGACGCGCCGCCGCCGCCGGCGAGGUGCCCGUGGGCGCCGUCGUCGUCGACGACGCCACGGGCGCCGUCGUCGCCGCGGCGGGCAACGCCAUCGAGGCGACGCAGGACGCGUCGGCCCACGCGGAGCUGCUGGCGCUGCGGCGCGCGGCGGCGGCGCGGGGCAACUGGCGCCUGGCGAAUUGCACGCUCUACUCGACGCUCGAGCCGUGCGUGCUCUGCAUGAGCGCGUGCUACGCGUUCCGCGUCGGCCGCGUCGUCUACGGCGCGCCGGACCACCGCCUCGGCGCCGCCGAGUCCUGGCUCAACAUGGCCGAGCUCGGCCACCCGUUCCACGCGCUCGCCGUCGACGGCGGCGUCCGCGAGCCCGAGGCCGCGGACGCGAUGCGGUCCUUCUUCCGCGCGCGGCGCAAGGAGCCCAAGUGGCAGCCGCCGUAA